CACACUGUUUAAGUCAACGUCACCAUGGAUGUUUCGGCUCUUUCGGGGCCAAAUUUUAGUCCUGCGGAGUGGAUAAACGCCAACUACAAGAAGUUUGUGGAGGAAAAUGGACGCGAUGACAGCGACGCCGCAUCGUCCUUUAUCCGGAGCUACGUGGCCAAGCUGCAGCUGUAUAUAUUUAACGUAAACAAUGCUGUGGAGGAGUCCAGUCGGCAAGUUGUGGCCAGUAUGCCAAGGAUCGCCAAGGAAUCCGCCGCGCUUCAAGGCGAUGUUCGUCGGCUGCAGGAGAAGAUGAGUGCAAUGCGUUUGGAGGUGGCUGCGGUCCAAAGCGAAACCGGCGAGUGCAUGGCAACUUUGGAGCGUCUGAACACCAAAAGCGAGAAGCUUCAGGUGGCCAAGGAGUCAUUGCAGGAGUCGGAUGGCUGGGGAAACCUCGUUUCCGAACUGGAGGAUGGUUUUGAACGCAAUGAUUUAAAGGGAGUCUGCGACAAGUUGAUAGCCCUGCAAAAAUCUCUGCACGCGCAGGAACAAUUGCCUGGACAUGCCGAGCGACAGACCCAAGUAGAGGAUUUCAAGAAUCGACUAGAAGCACUAGCCUCACCCAGCGUUGUUCAGUGUUUCGCUGAAGGCAAUACUGAGCAGGCCCAGCACUAUGUCCAGAUCUUCACCAGCAUUCAGCGGUUGCCGCAACUGCAGCAAUAUUACCGAGCUGUGCAGAAGAAUUUCUGGCAGCAGCAGUGGAAACAAACUUUGGAGUUGCAGGGAACGGAAUCCCAGCCACAACAGCAGCAGUUUCUCACUCUGUAUUACGAUCAGCUGCUGGAGCACUGUCAACGCCAGGUCAAAUGGUGCUCCAAUCUCUUCGGUGAGGACUCUUCGCAACCUUUUCUGGUUAUUGCGGAACUGUUACCGGCAUUGCAACCCACCCGAGAUGCACACAUUCUACAGCUUUUAAAGACUUCCAAUGAAAGAUUGGAGAUGCUAGCUUUAUUUGCCCAGGUCAAUCAUAGUUUUGUCCUACAUUUGAACUCCUUACUGGACCAGUCGCAUAUUACCUUGUCCGAGGAACUGCAUCGUCUUCUUGGCGAGGCUAUUUUCGAGUAUUUCCACAAGUUUAUCCAACAAUAUCCCCGCUUGGAAGAGACUCAACUAUCCACACAGGUGGAUCGUCUUUCCUCUAAUCAAGCCACGCCUAGUGAUGGUGUGCGUCAUUUGGAGGAGAGUACCCGGAAACUCUACGAGUGGCUGAAAGAAGCCUGUGAACGUUGUGCCUCUAUAACAAGUGAUUUGGCUCUGUGCAAACUAAUAACUUUGCUAAAUGGCAUCUUCAAGCGGCAGCUGGAGAGUUUUGGGCGAAUCCAGCGGCAGAUUGGACUCAGUUUAGGAUCCAGCAGCUAUGCGGCGCAGAGUGAGAACUGGUCUCUGUUGCAGUACACCAUGUCCCAGUUACAAUGUCUGGCCGAUUUUCAAGUUCAGCUGCACCAAUUCGAACAGGAUUUGCACACACGCAUGGGAACAUUGUCCAACAAGCUGACUAAGCCAUCUAAACGUGGACCCAUAACCAUAUUCCAGACCUGUGAUCAUACAGUUCGCACCCAGCUGUUAAACAGCAUAUCUGAUUAUCAACAAAAGAAAUCUGAAGCCACGGAUAGCCUUGGCAUUUUUCCACAAAUUUAUGCCACUUUAAAGAGUCACUUUGCCGAUACACACGAUAUAACUCUCAAUAUAUUACUACAACCUAUUGAGACUCACUUGGCACACAUUCGCCCGCCUGUGCAGGAACACGCUGCGUCCGGCAUUGACAUGCCAUCAUUUAGCUUCGCUCCUCAGGAGAGCAUCACCCAGAUUGGUCAGUACCUACUUACUUUGCCGCAGCACUUGGAGCCGCUACUGCUGUCGCCAUCAGCUCUGCUGAAGCAGGCUCUGGAGGUCUGCAACAUUAAGUAUACGCAAGCCAUUCCUUGUGCCGACGUCCUACUGUCUCUAGUCGUGGAGCAAUGCUGCGUCUUGUAUCAGACGCAGAUUCUGCAAAUCAAGUCGCUGCCGGCUUCCUCGGCCACACAGCUCAGCGUGGAUAUUGAGUACCUCUCCAACGUUCUCGAGGAGCUUGGCUUGUCCAUCAACCUACAGUUGUCCCAGAUCCUCACGCUACUGAAGGCUGCUCCGGAUCAGUAUCUGACCCUUAGCAGUGGAUGCGAGCCGCGUCUGGUAACAGCAAUUCGACAAAUGCGCAAUAUUAUAUCUACACAGUAGAUAUAAGAUAGGUAUAUUAAAUAAUCACGAUAAAAUGUUACAAAUGUAUUUAUGUAAACUAUUACUAGGGUCUUUUAUUUAAACUUUUAAAUUAAUAAAAGUU